AUGCACCCUACCCCAACGAACAUAAAGAUACUUUUGAGACCUCCUAAAGCCCCAAAAGGCAAAUGCGCUCCCUCACGAGGAUUAAUGAUGAAUUGUAUUAUAAACCCGAAGAAUCCAAAGGAAUCACCAAAGACCUUCAGCUUUGAUUACUCCUAUUGGUCACAUACCUCGGCUGAAGAUCCAGCCUUUGCUUCUCAACAUCAAGUCUACAAUGACAUUGGUAAAGAAAUGCUGCAGCAUUCGUUUGAGGGUUACAAUGUAUGCAUUUUCGCAUACGGUCAAACUGGGGCAGGGAAGUCCUAUACCAUGAUGGGAAAGCAAGAUAAAGACCAUCAAGGGAUUAUCCCGCAGCUUUGUGAAGAGCUCUUUGAAAAGAUAAAUGACAACAGUAAUUCUGAUGUGUCAUAUUCUGUGGAGGUCAGUUACAUGGAAAUUUAUUGUGAAAGGGUUCGAGAUCUGCUAAAUCCCAAGACCAAAGGAAAUCUCCGUGUCAGAGAGCACCCACUGCUGGGACCCUACGUAGAAGAUCUUUCCAAGUUGGCUGUAACGUCUUAUACAGACAUUGCAGAUCUCAUGGAUGCAGGGAACAAAGCCAGAACUGUGGCAGCUACUAAUAUGAAUGAGACCAGCAGCAGGUCCCAUGCCGUUUUCACCAUAGUUUUUACCCAGAAGAAACAUGACGUGGAAACAGAUCUUUGCACAGAGAAGGUGAGCAAAAUCAGCCUCGUUGAUCUGGCUGGUAGUGAACGAGCUGACUCCACUGGGGCUAAAGGAACAAGGUUAAAGGAAGGAGCGAAUAUCAACAAAUCACUUACAACGUUAGGAAAAGUUAUCUCUGCUCUUGCAGAAGUGAGCAAGAAGAAAAAGAAGUCUGACUUCAUUCCCUACAGAGACUCUGUAUUGACCUGGCUUCUGAGGGAGAAUCUCGGUGGAAACUCACGUACUGCAAUGGUUGCUGCUCUUAGUCCAGCUGACAUAAACUAUGAUGAAACUCUCAGCACUUUAAGGUAUGCAGAUCGUGCAAAGCAGAUUAAGUGCAAUGCAGUGAUUAAUGAAGAUCCGAAUGCAAAACUGAUCAGAGAACUGAAGGACGAAGUCACAAGAUUGAAGGACUUGCUGUGUUCUCAGGGUCUGGGAGAUAUCUUAGACAUUGAACCAAUGACUGAUGAUUACUCUGGAAGUGGAAUCAAAUACUUGAAAGAGAUACAGAACAGUAAACAUAAGUACAAACUAGCUUCAGGAAAUCAAAGGCCUGGCCAUUUCUCCACAGCACCCGUGGGUACACUGACUGCUUCCCCUUCCUCGUCUUCGCUGAGCAGCCAGGCAGGCAUUCAGUCAGUGACCAGCCUGCAAGAGAGAAUAAUGUCAACUCCAGGUGGUGAAGAGGCCAUUGAACGCUUAAAGGAAUCGGAAAAGAUCAUUGCUGAGCUGAAUGAGACAUGGGAGGAGAAGCUGAGGAAAACUGAAGCAAUUCGAAUGGAGAGGGAGGCCCUCCUUGCUGAAAUGGGAGUUGCUAUACGAGAGGAUGGAGGCACGUUGGGAGUAUUCUCACCGAAAAAGACGCCACACCUUGUGAACCUCAAUGAGGAUCCUCUCAUGUCAGAGUGUCUUCUUUACUACAUCAAAGAUGGCAUCACCAGGGUUGGCCAAGCAGAUGCCCAGAGACGUCAGGACAUUGUUCUCAGUGGUGCCCACAUUAGAGAAGAGCACUGUAGUUUCAAGAGUGACAUGAAUCAAAAUGGUGAAGUUAUUGUUACUCUGGUUCCCUGUGAAGGAUCUGAAACUUAUGUGAAUGGCAAACGAGUUGCCAAUCCAGUGAAACUGCGUUCAGGGAAUCGUAUUAUAAUGGGCAAGAAUCACGUCUUUCGGUUCAAUCACCCUGAGCAGGCACGUGCUGAACGUGAGAAGACCCCAUCUGCUGAGACUCCAGUCGAACCUGUUGAUUGGGCCUUUGCUCAACGGGAACUUCUGGAAAAGCAAGGCAUAGAUAUGAAACAAGAAAUGGAAAAAAGGCUUCAAGAAAUGGAGAUUCUCUACAAGAAAGAGAAGGAAGAAGCUGACCUGCUUUUGGAGCAACAGCGCUUGGACUAUGAAAGUAAGCUCGAAGCUUUACAGAAACAAGUGGAAACCCGUUCACUAGCUGCAGAAACAACUGAGGAAGAGGAGGAAGAAGAGGAAGAAGAAGUGCCCUGGACCCAACGUGAUUAUGAGCUGGCAGAGUGGGCAUUCAGAAAAUGGAAGUAUCAUCAGUUUACAUCUUUGCGCGACUUACUUUGGGGGAAUGCUGUCUAUCUGAAGGAGGCUAAUGCUAUUAGCGUUGAGCUGAAGAAAAAGGUGCAAUUCCAGUUUGUGUUGCUCACAGACACUCUAUACUCCCCUCUUCCACCUGAAUUACUCCCUGCUGAGGCUGAAUCAGAUCGUGAAGUUCAACAAUUCCCAAGAACCGUUGUUGCAGUGGAGGUACAAGAUCUGAAGAAUGGUGCAACACAUUAUUGGUCCUUGGAAAAACUCAAGCAGAGAUUGGAGCUAAUGCGUGAAAUGUAUGAUCGUGCUGGAGAGAUGGCCUCUGCCACACAAGAUGACAGUGAAACCAUAAUGACAGGCAGUGACCCGUUUUACGACCGCUUCCAUUGGUUUAAGCUUGUAGGAAGAGCAUUUGUAUACCUCAGCAAUUUGCUGUAUCCAGUGGCCCUCGUUCACAGAAUUGCCAUCGUUAGUGAGAAGGGAGAGGUCAGAGGCUUCCUCAGAGUGGGCGUACAGGCCAUCACAGCUGAUGAGGAGGCACCAGACUAUGGAUCUGGUGUACGCCAGUCUGGCACUGCUAAAAUUUCAUUCGAUGAUGAGAACUACAGAGAGAGUGACGUUUCUUCUAUUGUAAUGUCACGUUCUGGGCUCUCGUUGGAGGAGCUUAGGAUUGUCGAAGGGCAGGGUCAGAGCACAGAGGUCAUCACCCCAUCGGAGGAGAUGAACAGAAUCAACGAGCUGGAUUUUAAAUCAAGCACGGAGUUGGACCCCAAACUGUCCCAGGGGGGAGUAUCUGACAGCAUUGGCGAGCACUUAAAAGUCGGCAGUGUUUUCACUUUCCGAGUGACAGUGCUACAGGCCAGUGGGAUCCCACCAGAAUAUGCAGACAUAUUCUGUCAGUUCAACUUCCUGCACCGCCAUGAUGAAGCCUUCUCGACUGAACCCCUGAAGAACAGUGGCCGGGGAACACCCCUUGGCUUUUACCAUGUGCAGAAUGUUGCUGUUGAAGUAACAGAAUCAUUUGUAGAAUAUAUCAAGACAAAGCCAAUUGUUUUUGAAGUAUUUGGGCACUACCAGCAGCACCCUUAUCAUUACCAAGGACAAGAUUUCAAGAGUCCUGCCACGUUUAUAUACGUAAAAAUUCUUAAAUCUUCUUUAUGCGUGCCCUUCCUACAAAGAAAUGCCACUGAGUUACCAGUUGUCAGAAUUCCAGCCACAAAGGUGAAUGCCAUGAGCAAACCUAACCUGGGACAAUGCGUCAGCAAAUAUGAUUUGCUUGUCUGGUUUGAGAUCAGUGAACUGGAACCAACAGGAGAGUACAUCCCAGCAGUUGUGGACCAUAGCGGAGGCCUGCCAUGUCAGGGCACUUACCUGCUUCACCAGGGAAUUCAGCGUAGGAUUACAGUAACAAUUGUGCACGAAAAGGGCAGUGAGCUUCACUGGAAGGAUGUUCGAGAGUUGGUCGUUGGUCGCAUCAGGAACAAGCCAGAAGUGGAUGAAGCUGUCGUAGAUGCUGUUUUGUCUUUGAAUAUUAUUUCUGCAAAGCAUAUCAAAUCUUCACAUGAGGCUCAUAGAAGUUUUUAUCGGUUCGAGGCUGUUUGGGAUAGUUCUCUGCACAACUCCCUCCUCCUAAACCGUGUGACACCAUAUGGUGAAAGAAUCUACAUGACCCUUUCUGCCUAUCUGGAGCUUGACCAUUGUAUUCAACCUGCGGUCAUCACCAAGGACAUCUGUAUGAUCUUCUACUCCCGGGAUGCCAAGAUCUCACCUCCACGGUCCCUGCGGAAUUUAUUCGGCAGUGGCUAUUCAAAGACACCAGACUGUAAUCGAGUGAGUGGAGUAUAUGAGCUCAGUUUAUGCAAAAUGGCAGACACGGGGAGCCCUGGAAUGCAAAGGAGGAGAAGAAAAAUUUUGGACACCUCUGUUGCCUACGUUCGAGGAGAGGAGAAUCUGGCAGGUUGGAGACCCCGUGGGGACAGCCUCAUCCUGGAACACCAGUGGGAGCUGGAGAAACUGGACCUCUUGCAUGAGGUUGAGCGGACACGCCAUCUCCUGUUACUGCGUGAGAAACUCAGCGAGGCGACUUCAAAGUCUCUCUGCGACUCCAUCUCCCCGAGUAUGAGCAGUGGCACGCUCAGCACCUCGACCAGCAUUUCCUCGCAGAUAUCAACCACAACGUUCGAGAGCGCUGUCACGCCCAGUGAGAGCAGUGGGUACGACUCUGCAGACAUUCAGAGCCUUGUCGAUCGAGAGAAGGAGCUGGCCAGCAAGUGCUUACGACUUCUAAUGCAUACCUUUAAUAAAGAAUUCAACCCUGUCUGCAGCAGCAUCAGUGACGGCAAGCUUUCAGAUGUGAACUCUCCGAUUGGCCGUGAUGCUUCUGUGUCCAGUUUUAGCAGCACCACGCUCACUCCUUCUUCCACCUGCCCAUCACUUUCAGACUCCCGGUGUAACUCAGUGGAUCAGAAGACUCCAGAGGCCAACUCAAGAUCCUCUAGUCCAUGCGUGGAGUUUGACGGCUUCCCCAUGGUUUCUCGAGUUGAAACAUCGUACCUUGCCAGAGCGGGGAAGAAUGAAUUUUUAAACCUGCUUCCUAACAUUGAGGAGAUCAGGACUGGUCCUGUGGUGUCGAAGAAAGGGUAUCUGCAUUUCAUGGAACCGCAGUCUAAUUCUUGGGUGAAGCAUUACGUUGCAAUUCGCCGUCCAUACGUGUUUAUCUACAACAGUGAUAAGGACCCCAUGGAAAGAGGCAUUCUGAAUCUGUCCACAGCCCAGGUGGAAUACAGUGAGGAUCAGCAGGCUAUGCUAAAGACAUCAAACACAUUUGCAGUGUGCACAAAACAUCGCGGAAUACUUCUGCAAGCAAACAACGACAAAGAUAUGUAUGAUUGGUUGUAUGCUUUCAAUCCACUGUUGGCUGGUUCAAUCAGGUCAAAACUUGCUAGGAGACGUUCAAGGCAACAAAUGAUGUAAAAGAAUAUCUUUCACCGAAGGCAAGAAAUGAAGUAACAAUUCUGACUUGCCUUACCACCAUAGAAGAGUUGCUCUUAACCUUUUGUGAUUCUUGACGGUUUCUCACGUACACAUGGCUUAACACUCUCUCUAAGCACCUUUUCUUUUCCUAGUUACCAAAAUACUGCUGUUUCUUUACAUCCAUUCCAGAUCUCGUAGAAGCAUGUUGUAAAAUAGUUGUGUGUGCACGAUUCUCAACACUUUUUUCCAUUCCUGCUUUCUUCUUGUGUCUGUAGGAUGUCCUUGUCUGUGUUUCCAGUCAAACUGUAUCCUUUAAUUUGCAAACCAUGGGGUAAUUGCAACUGGCCCUUGGGCCCAGUAGCUGCAAGAUAAGGUGGAAAAGAGAAGUUCAGGCUCUUCCUCCAAUAGGUGACAGGCUAGGUACCUUCAGGAAUACAUUAUGUUCUGGAAUAUCACGUGUGGUGAUCUCCAGCAUUCUAGAACGUCACAGCUGCCAGGCCAUUUUAGACUGAACGUUUUUGUUGAUUGCAGCAGUUGCAGACUUUGCUAGAUUGUUAAGUGUGGAUUGGUGACAUUAGGGUGAAGCCCCACUCUGAGGAAGUGCAGUCCUACUACAUAGUAGGAAAACUAGUUGAUCUUGAAAGCUGACCCGCUCACAGUAGUAGAUUAAUUAGUAGCAAGAAGACAAUAGCCUGACUUUGCUGCUAUUGUAAACACACACUGCAAUGGUUGGGCCGUCUCUUUUCCUAUAUCUGUCUAUCUUCUACGUGCAUGCAUAUCCAGAAGGCUACAUCUGCCCGAGGUUGUUCCUCCUCACCUUGGUGAAAAGCAGAUAAUAGCAGACGUUUGCAAAUUGCUUUCCAGACUUCCAACAAUGCACAUGUUACUCACUUGCAAGCGACAGAGCAAGAUACCUAAAUACUUUCUUGCAGUAUAAUCAUCAUUAAUCAGCAUCAGUAUCCUAGAAAACUGACUCAAGGUCAAGUAAUUCUACGUCACUGCUGUGCAGAUGGAGAGCUCAAAGUACUCUACAAAUCCUGCACCAUGCUGUAUUCUUGAAUAUGACCACUUGCAUUAGAAAUAAAUUUGCCGACUAAUCCUUUUAUGCUGUGAUCAGGCACUUGCUGACACUUUUUAAUUGCUGGCCUCUAACCACCAGAUAAUCUGCAGCUAAAGUUGCAAUCUCAAAACAAGGUGCAAUUUAGAAAGUAGCAAAAGAUUAAUAAGACUCUGUUAAAGUUGUGGACCAGUAUUCACACUUGUGACUGUACCAGUGAAUUUACUGCAGCAUUUAAGGUACAGAUGUUGAGGCAAUCCCCUCAACAUCUCAUCAUGAGAUCAUCUGUAGCAUAUUUCAGUCUCGACUAUUAGCCAAGUGUAAAUUUGGCACAAGGGACUAGGAUUUCAUUCCUUGUUAUUCCUCUGAAUGAUUUUCAGUUUUUGCAAUCCAUUUUGUAUCUUGACUGUCACCAAUGCAUCCCUAAAAGGGUGACUGCUAAAACAUCCUUUGCCAAAUGCUUUGUCCCUUCCACCAAACAAGGUAUAUAACACAGGCUGACUGCAGCCCUGUUUACAGACAAUUGCAUGUCAGUAUUUCUCAGUAGUUUUGAGUUGAAGAUGUCAACCGAUAGCCAAAAUAAAUUACACAAAUUUGUAUAACUGUAGGAUGAUUAGAUUCUGUGGAGGGAAAACACCGUAGAACAUGAUGACAUGCAAACUAUUUAUUAGAAAAAAGUUAACAUGUUUAGGAUAUGAUUGGCAAUCACUUAGCAUUUUGCCAGACUUGGAUUAUAGGAAAAACAGUCAAUAGUGUUAUCCUUGAUCUGUUCCAUCUGGCCCAACAGGAUAAUAUAGGCUUCCCUGGGCAUCUCCAAAGACCAUUGUUCAUUAUAGGGCUUUUCCCUUCUAGUUGUUUACAUGUUGCUGCAGAGGAAACAUGUACUUCUAAUGCAUUGUAGCUGCAUUCUAAUGUGUGUCAUGAAAACACUUUUCCACUAAUACUGAACAAAAAUGGAGUAUAAUCGUACAAUGCACAUAGACCUUGCAUGGUCACAUGCAGUAGUAAUUAUAUCACAUUUAGCCAACCAGCACAGGCAACUUAGCAUUGCUACAGAUUUAUUUUUACAGUAUAUAUGCACUUUUUUCUUAUCAAUAACUGUUGACCAUGAUCUGCAGAAGUAGAGCUUGAUCAAAAGGGAUCCUAAUGGAGGUUAUCUACUGGAUAUUCUUGCAGUUUGUCCACUGAAUGGUUACCAGGAAACUUUAAGCUACUUUAUGUGCUAAUCAGUGCUUAUGUGUGAAGUGGUGAUACAUGGGAUAUUAAUAAUAUAAUGGGAUAGAGAAACAUAUUGCUUGAAUUGUUUACAACAGGAGUUACCAGAAUGUAAGCUGCCUUGGCACAUCAAAAGUAAGAAUUUCUCUGGUAAUAUUUGAUUAGUGUACUGUUUACAAUUUUGUUUUAUUGCCGAAGGAAUUGUGCUCUGAAAUGAGAGGGGAAAAAUCUAAUCUUUGCUUUGAACAACUGAAGUCAAACAAAUUAAACAGCAGAAAUCAGAGUUUCUAUCUUUUGUAAACAUCCUAUUUCCUAAAUUCAUAACAUCAUUUGUUCUGUCCUCACCAGAUUUUUGUUUCAAAAUUAAAUUUGUACAAAAGGAUCCAAGUGCUUUUGAAAGGAACAUUGAAACGUGCUGCAGAUUUUAAAGUAAAUGCAUGCCAUUUGUACAUGAGGUUUUUCUAAUUUGAGUCUAUAAACUUGUAUUUCAUCUCAUGCUUUCGUAAUAUAGAAUUGAAUGGAAUUGGAUAUAACCACAAACCUAGGAAAUCAAAUAACAAACCACACUGAUCAAAUACAUAGAUUCUUCUGGAUAAAACUGUUGAUGAUUAAUAUAUUUUAUUCUUCCGUGUAUUUUUAAAAAUGUUAGCUUAAGAGAAAGACAUUUUAAAGAAUGGAGGUUUGACUGGGGCUAGCAAACCUACAGAUCAUGGCCUGCACUGACGUGAUAGUGGAAGUACCCAAGACUGAUUAAAUGUAUAAGUUCGUAGCAUUAAGAGUCCAGUGUUUUAGGUUACAAGCAUAUGGUAUGCAUAAUGUAGGCAAUCACACUACAGAUUAUUUAUUGUUAAUGGACUAUAUAGUAUAGUAUUUUUGCUAAAACCUAAUUUGGUUAUAUUUUAUCAUGUGAAUGGAAUUAAACUAUAUUCAAGCUUUGGAUCAGUUUUGUUAUUAAAUUUCUGAAGUAUGAAAGCUGAAGCUAAAUUAAAAGCUGGUAGUUUUUCCUGAGUCAGUAUGUGACUUCCAACAUCUGAAGAACCUACCAUUAUUUAUUACUGGCAAUUGUAAUGAAGUUUGAAGGUACAGUCUUUAGCAACGAAAGUGAAUGUAUGUUGUAUUGCAAUAAGUCAGGUUAAAAAAGUAUACUUGGUGGAACCACUAUGUGCCUGAAGUCAGCCAACUUGCAGAGCACAUGAUGGGAUGCAUCAUGCCAGAGGCCAGGCAACCUCUAGAGCAUGGAUAAUAUGAAAAGUAUUUGUUUGAUUGGAUUGAAUAUGGUUUAUAUUAGUCAGCUAAUGUUUCAAUGUCUGAAAAAUAAGACUAGUCAUUUUAUCCACCAGAUAUUUUGAAAUCAUUACAGUGUAUUUAAACUGGCUACCGGAUAGUCUGAAUAGUCCCAUAUCCUUAGAUGAAGUUAUGAAUGAAGGAUGCUGUGGAAGUAAGCUCAAUGUCUUUACUUUCCACAUUGGAUACCAAGUUCACACAUCUUGCACUUUUAACAUAAUGUUUCCAGCUACUUCUCAAUGUAAGCACUGUAUACCUUUAAAUCCCAAACUAAUAUUAGGCAAAUCUCUUCUUCCGAACAUCGUGAACUGUUUAGGAUAAGGACUAAUUGAAUAAUAGUUUCAUUUAAAAUAUAAAUUAUAAUCCGAUGACUGAAUUGAUUCAUUUUUAAAGUAACUAUUUAAGUCUGAAAAUAUAGAAGAAGUAAAAUCGAUCAUUUUCUAAAAUCUUAAAGCCUUUUCAGGAGGCUGAAACAAAUCUUAACGUAUAAAACCACACAAAAACGUAAUUAAUUCUGCCUCGUGAGUUGGAUGUCUCUACAAUUAGAAAUUAUGUUCAAAUUUUUAUAAACUUUUUUUUUUGCUCAUUAACUUACCUGGGUCGCCAAAUUUAUCAACCCAUCAGUAAAUCAGAUUUGUCAAAUGAAGGACACUGUUGUGACAGAGCAUGAUCAGAAAUCACACGACACCAGGUUAUAGUCCAACAGGUUUAUUUGAAAACACAAGCUUUUGGAGCCCCAGUCCUGACUGAGGCUCCGAAAGUUUGAGAUUUCAAAUAACCUGGUGUCGUGUGAUUUCUGACCUUGUCCACCCAAGUCCAACACCAGCACCUCCACAAAGUGAUAGAGCAUAUUUAACAAAAAUACUUGGCCUUUCAUACGUGAAAGGAAAUCGAGGUGGAUGUGUGAAUAUCCGUUCACCUGACUAAGUCUAACACAGAACAGGCAUUGUGAGAGUGCUUUAUUACUGAUGUGUUGAAGUCUGGUAAAUGCAAGCACAUGCAUUUCAUUAUUGCCAUUUUCCUAACUCUGACACAGUGAGCCCAGUUUCCACAAAGGCCAGUAAUCUGUUCACUUGUUCAACGUACAUCAAAGCAAAGAUUCUGCCGAUAGCCCCCUCUCAUUUCUAGCUUUUUAGCUGGUGCAUGAUAAAUGCACUAUUUAUUUUGUACAAAUUGUUUGCAGUAAGUUGCACACCUUUUUAAGAAGUAAUUUUUAGGAAAACAUUGAAAAUUGCUGUGGGUCAUUGUGUAGGUUUUUUUCUUUGCUUAAGAGCCCUUACGCCAAUACUGCACAUUGAGAUAUAAAACAUAGGGCCACUUUUAUUUGAGAGAGACUGUACACCUCUUUAAAGAAGGUAAAGAGUUCACAGUAAAGUUGCGACAUUUGAACAAUUGGAUUUUGUUUCUCAGAAUUAUCAAGGCUGCAAAUUAGUAUUGUACUCUGAUUGUUCUUGGAGCAUUUUGCAUGAGAAUUUGAAAAUGGUAAAACUAAUGGUCAAAUCUACACCAUGUUACAUAAUUUUAUGCUGGGAUUGAAUUAUUUUGUAAGUUUGAUUGUAUGAAGACCUUGUACAUAAAUUGAGUUAUACCGUCUCCCUCAAACAAUGAGUGCCAUGGAAGGGAAAGAUACCAUAGCUGCUGUUCAUAGAUUUACUGAAUGUGCUGGUAAUCAGGAACUUACCUGUGUUUUUCUAAUUUUAAUUUUGUCUGUGGCUGGUCAACCACAAUCCAUUGUAGUUUAAAGAUUGUUUUAGUUGGGAAUCAUUUAUAGUGCUUCCUAUCAACGCCAGGCCCUUCAGAGGAGUGCAUCAACACUGUACAUUAUUUAUUAUAUUUUGUCAGGGUGGCUACACAUUCAUAAUUUUUAUUUUGUAAAUAUGUGUUGAACCAAGCUUAAGGUAUAAAGACUUAAUGUAAAUAUUUCAUUUAUUUGUACUAAUUAUAAUCCAUUCGCUGUAUAGCAUAGAUGUGUAAUGCAGAUAACUAACUGUGUAUGGUAACCUGCACCACUGAACUGUUUAGUGAAUGAGGUAACAAUAAAGGUACAACCAGUGCAGAAGCAAAA